UCAUUUCAAAUUUAAAAAUUUCAAACAAACAUCAAAUCAAACAGGCUCAAGAAUUUUAUCUUAUUUUAAUUUUCUCUACAUUAUGGAUCAUCUUCGUGCCUUGUAUAAAAAUAAUACAUUUUUGAGUCCAAAAGACUCAAAACGUAAAGAAGCUCAUCAAAUUCGUGCCUUCAAACGAAGUGAAUUGUACACUUCAACACGAAAUAUUUCACCCAGCCCAAAUUCCAGUCAUAAAUUAGAUCAACCAUCAACACAAACCGCCUCUGAAAAUAUUAAUAAUAAUUCUCCACGUUCACAGACGCCACACACAACAGAUCCAAAACAAACUCGCCGAAAGGCCCAUUUAACAAGAUAUCUCGCUUGGAAAGCUGAAAAAGCUGCUAAGACACAAUCCAAAGAAAAUUCCCAACGACCUCCAUUUAUAACAAAUCCAAGAAAUGGCGCUACUACUACGCUUGCCAUAAAAAAGCCUACUUUUGGUUCAACAAACCACAUUUUUCGACCACCAGCUACAAUUCAAAAUCUAGAAUUCAAAGAAAUUAAUUCGAAUAGUGUGCGUUUGGUAAAUGGAAACCGGGAGGAAAUUUACAAUUUUGUUGCAACACCAAAAAAGAAAAUCAACAAACCGCCUUUGAGUAAGCUGACAACUAAAAAUAAUGGUCCUUUAUUACAUCCAACCGCAAAGCCUUCUUUCCCAUCCCUUCCUCAUCCAAGCACAAAGCCUUUAGUAACAAAAGUGGCAACCAGCUCUUUAAAAGGAUCAUCCAAUCCUCCUCCAAUGCAACCAACCCCAAAGCCUACAAAAGUUCUAACUGGGACUUUAAAAGCAUCAUCCUUUCCUCCUCCAUUAGAUCCAAUCAAAAAGCCUUUAGUAAGAAAAGUGCCAAUUAAAUCGACUCCAGUUACAAGAGUCGUUCCUAGUUCCUCUUCCAAACUAUCAAACCAACCGCCUUUAAUUAAAACCGCUUCUAAAUCUGAUGAACAAGUUGGUGGUCCUUCAAAAACUACCAGAUCCGGUGUUGCAUUGCACUCAAAUACAAAAAACAAUUUAAAGUCUCAAAAUGCAACUAAAAAAGAAGUAGCUGCUUUUGCCAAGCCAAAAACAAUUGUGCCUGGAGUUAAGCGGCCAACUUUCAAAGCCCCUAAAAAGAACACAACCAUUUCGAAUGCUUUCAAGGCUGUCAAUGGCGGUAAAAGGAUUUUGAAAGAGAGCAAUGUUUUAGAAACACCAACAGAUCCAAAUGCAAAGCAUUCCUUCCUCAACAUGGUUACAUCGACAAAGAGAAAGUCGUUCUCAUCCAAGGAACCCAGUGCCAAUUCGAUUCUUGUUGAAAUGGAAAACUUGGUCAGUCCAAUAGACGAUUCAACAACAACAACAAAUCCAGCAGAUGAUAAGAAAUUUAAUUUCAUUCGUUAUUCAUUCGUUCAAUCGGAGGAUGCAGCUAAAUCUGAAGAAGAAAAGCCUGAUGAAGUAGUCCAUGUAACUCCGGACAAAUCUGCACAGCCACAACCGCCAACAACAUAUCUAAGUCCAUAUGUUUCAGUGUCAAGAGGAAAGGUUGGAAUGAAAAUUGAAAAAGAAAAACGAAACAGUCUUUACAUGCCGUUGGACAAGUCUGUGACAGAGUCUGUUGCAGACGACGCAACAUCAACAACAGCACGUCAUACUCUGGCCACCGUUCAUUACUAUCGCAAGCAGUUGGCAGAUGAAAUUGCCCGUUUGAAUGGCCAAUGCGACACAUGGCAUCUAUAUAAAGAAGCCAAUGCCCAUCUUGUCGAAGAUAGUGGAUCAGAUAUGAUCAAUGUGACCAUUGGUCAAACCAAAUUACUAAUAACAAAAAAGCUCAAACAGUUUGGUGACCUUAUCGAUCGUUGCGAACGUGGUGUUAUGGGAAAGGUUGCAUUGGGUAAAGGAGAUGGAGCCAAACCAAUUUUAACCGAAGAUCUGGAAGGAUUUUGGUCAAUGGUAGGCCUGCAGAUUGAAAAUGUAGACAAACGCUUUGCAAAUCUUCAACGGUGGAAAGAAAACGACUGGAAAGACCCCGAUGAAGUACUUCCAAAAUCAUCAUCAUCAACAAACAAGAAUGUCGGCAAUGUAAAGAAAAUAAAGAAACGUAAACCAACAACCACUGUUGCGCCAAAUAGGGAUUUGCAGAAAAUUCUCAGAAAUGCACAAGCUGCUUUCUUGCGCAAGAAAACUGCAAAUGGUGGUGGAUGUGAUGAAGAUGUGAUUCUAACGCCAUCUAAAAGCCGUCAGGUAUUGAUUAGGGAUCGUAGAUCGCGAUCAGCAGCUGCCACCGUUAUAACAAUUAAUACACCAAAAGUAAUUCGCAAGUCAUCUGAUUUAGAUGAAACAACCACAACACCAACUGGAGUCAUUUCAGAUACAAAGAUUUUGCCACAUGUUAGUGGUUUUCGAAAAAGCAUGAAUCUUUUUAAGAGUGCUCUUCUCCAACAAACGGACAAAAAAUCUCCUUUAAAUUGUGUUUCUCCAUUGCCCAGUGUUUCAAGAAAAUCCAUCUUAAAGACUCCCGGUUCUGCUGUACGUCGUCGGCCUAAGAGUGUCAUAUUUAAUAGCCCAACAUUUAAAUUUACCGUAGAAGAUAAAGCAUCCCCAAUAGAAGAGCAAAGUACAUUCAAUACACAAGAAGAAAAUGAACGUAUGUAUUCAUUGAGAAAUAGGAAAAUUAAAUUAAGAAAAUCGUCGGAAAUUAUUAUCCCCAAAUAAAAAAAAAAUGGGUUAAUUUUAAUUAUUUGAGCUUAAAAGCGUUUUUUGUUAUUUAUUUUAAUUUGUAUAUACAUACAUGUUUGUUUUAGUCGUAGAAAUCAUUUUUAUACUUAAUACUUUCGUAUUUAAUAUUUUAAAUUUGGAUUCAUAAUGUUGUAGUAAAUAAUAAAUAAACAAAAUA